CGGUUUGGCCCAGUCAGUCCCACCCGAACAGCUACUCCAGCACGUCCACGGCGUGCCCUUCCGCUGGCUCUAGCUGUCCCCAGACUUGGAGCCAUUUUAAAGAGAAACCAUCUGGCCACACCCCCUCGCGCUGCCGGGAAGCCAAUCGAGGCUCGGCCACGCCUCUCAUGGAGCGCUGCGCCGUCGCCAACGGUCGCGCGGGUGACGGUUGGGGAAAGCUGCGAUUUGGAGACCAGCUAGGGAAACCUUAGCCAUCCGCCCCGCCCUCGGUGCCCGACUCUCCAAAGCCUGGGAUUAAGGGCCUGGAGGCUGGCACCACACCCUGGCCAGGUGUGCCUAACAGGACCAGGUGCGCAGCUACCCCGCCCCGUCCCUGGGAGCCCGAAUAAUGGCCGAGAAUCCCGGGAACAGGCCGUGGCGGUGGCCUCAACAAUACCCCGAGGGCACCCGUACUAGCAGGUGUUUACCCCCCUCCUCCUUAGGGACUGUUGCUGGAGGCCUGGGGCGGGGUGGGCGACAGGUGCUGACACACCCGCGCGGGGAGACAGAGGUUCUGUCUUGGCCCACUGCGCCGGCCACGGUGCGCGGUGCCCUCCGGGACGCAGGGGGCGCUGUGGCCGCUUGGAGACAGACGACUCUGCCCCAAAGACCGGGUCACUGAGCGGCGUUGCAGCCAUGGCCACUGCUCUAGGACUUCGCUGCCUUUACCGAACGCGACCCGCGGCGUUCUGUCGGCACGUCGAUCGGCUCUGGAGGAACCCGUGUCGGGGACACCGGCUUUCUCCGGCGGACGAUGAGUUAUACCAGCGGACGCGCAUCUCUCUACUGCAAAACGAGUUCCCUCAGGCCAUGUACAUCGACAGCUACAACAGCAGAGGUUUCACUAUCAGCGGAAGCCGCGUGUUUGGCCCUUGCGUGCUGCUCCCACAGACGGUGGUCCAAUGGAACGUGGGAUCUCAUCAGGAUAUCACUGAAGAGAGCUUCUCCCUUUUCUGGAUGCUGGAACCUAGGAUAGAGAUCGUUGUGGUGGGCACCGGAAACAAGACUGAGCGGCUGCACUCUCAAGUACUGCAGGGCAUGAGGCAGCGGGGAAUUGCUGUGGAGGUACAGGACACGCCCAAUGCCUGUGCCACUUUCAACUUCCUGUGCCAUGAAGGUCGAGUGACCGGAGCUGCCCUCAUUCCCCCUCCUGGAGAGACUGCACUUGCUUCUUUGGGUGAAGGCUCAGAAUGAGACCUCAGGAACUGUCAAGGAGGGCAGUCAUGGUCUCCCAGUGCUUACCCUGCUCUGCCUUUUGGCAUACUAACACCUGUCAUGCUAACACAGGAUAAUAAUCUAUACUCCUCUUAUGGGUUAGCUGUGUUGCUGGGUUUGGGGGUGAGAAUUAAGGGUUGUUUUCACCAAGACAAUGUAGGAUUCCCUGGCCCCCAAAGGCUAGGAUGCAGUGCUCAUAUGCAGAUUUGAGGAGACCCCAGUAGCCUUCCUGACUUCUUCAGAAGUAGAACUACAGGUUCAUGAAGGACACAUGGCAUGGCCCAAGGCUCUGUCACAAAUGAGAUUAUACCCUGUGAACAUGUGUGAUGGUGACCAUAAAAAAUUCCACGUGCCCAUUGAACUCAAA